AUGGGUCGUUAUAAUAAGCAGCCAGGAGCUGGUUGGAUGUAUAAUGGAAUUGCAACAAAAAUGGUAUUUGAACUUGGCUUACAUCGUAAACCAAAAAAUUUAAAAAUCAAAAUGGAAAAGGAUGUUGAGAUGUUGAGAAAUGAGGCAUUCUGGGUGACAUUUAUAUCUGAAAACUUUAUUUCGGCAACGUAUGGUCGACCAAAUAUGAUUGACGAAACAGAUUGUGAUGUUGAUGUGACAGUUUUACCACCCGAAGAUCAAAAUUUAUUUGAUGAAAAAACAAAACUUCGAAUAGCCUUUAUUCAUUUGAUAAAUCUUAGUCGGAUUUGUGCAAGAGUACGUAAAUAUGUGCAUGCAGCCUCCAGAUUGAAAUUUUUGAUACAAGAAGACGAAAAUAAAUUUAGAGUUCUUGAUGCUGCACUUGCUAGCUGGUUUCACAGUUUACCUGAUUGGCUGAAAUUUGAAGAAAUAUCAAAAGACCCAAAUGGAACUUUGUUAAAUGGAAUUGGAGAAACAUAUAACCAUAAUUCAUCAUAUUUGGCAAAUUCACCUGUGAUCUGCAUUCAAUCAGCAACUAUUAUUGUGCAUUGGUUGGAAAUCUUAUUAUCAAAACAUCCAAAUUUUUUUGCCUUUUCUAUGUCAGGUCCAUUUGCAAUUGAUCCGUCAAUGCGUGUAUUUUCUUGGCAUGCAAAACAUAAUGAAAAUGACAAGAAAUCAACAGAUAUGCUUCAAAGGCUUCAAUUUAUCAAAUCACAAGUUGAAAUAAUUUCCAGAGGGUAUGAUCGAGGAAGAAAAGAUGGUAGUAAUUCAAUAAUGUCAACUGAUAGAAUGAUUGGUGAUUGGUUAGGUAUUACUGUACAUCCACAUAAUGGAUUGAGAAAUGGUGAUGUAGAAAUUAGAGACUGGGAAGUAUUUGUUAGUGAUGAUGAUAAAAUUUUGAGAAAGCAAUACAGUAUGGUAGUAAAGAAACAGUCAGGAGGACCUUUUAUGCCUAAAAGACAUGGCUCAUUAAGUUAUUCAAGAGGAUCAAGACAUUACGGCUCAUCAAAGUAUGAUUACUUUGGUUCAAAUUUGCAAAGCACAGAUGAUCAAUUCAAUUUUACCUUUAAAAGUGAUGAAAAAAUCAAUUUUUGUGCAUUUCAACCACAACAAAAUCAACAAAUAAAUUGCAAUGAUGAUGAUAGGACAAUCACCACAUUUUCAUUAUAA